AUGGAUGGUUGAGCGGAGAACGUGUUAAAUUGCGGAGAAGGAAUUUUGACGGCUUUGCGAGAGCAAGUCAGAAAACGCGGGGAAGGGGGCGCUUUAACGCAUCUUGAUAGAUGCCUCUUGAUAACUCUUGAAUAUGUGUAAGGGGGGAUAUUUUGGGUUGAAGGAGAGAAGGAAAAGGCAGCAAAAAAGGUGGGCAGUGGAAGACUUUUCAAUCAGGCAGCGACGGCCGAAUGCGCGCGCAAAGGUGCGGGAUGUGCACAGGCCACGCAGGGCAUCGCAAGCCGCUGGCCCCAGUUGCUGUGCUCUUAUUCGCUUAAUACCGCGGUCAACCCCAAACGGCAAGUAUGAGUCACAGCCUCUAGGCAGUGCAACUCCAAAAAAUAAGGUAUUGUACUGUACAAUACCUACAGUUGGGGCCCUUCAAACGUUAGCCUAAUAUCUCAACACUCGUGUUCUCGAGAUACUUCACAUGUAGGCUCAUUAUUGAAGCAGGGGUCCAUGGUCUCAACAGCGCCAAGUUCUUCGCUGCCUCAA